CAGUUCAGGACUAAGGCAGCCCCAGAGCAGAAAAGGCUGUCAUACCUCUGUGUUGAGGAGCAGGCUCACUGUAACACAGCUACAGCCAACACACCAUCUGCAAAGUCUGAGGCAAACACUUCACUCUGCAAUUUGUCUCCUGGGGGCAGAACUACACAGUCUCUUGUGUUAAGGAGAGGGUCCCUUGUGCAGACAUUUGGAAGUCUGCAGGAAGAUGCAGGAGCUGUUUCUCAGAGGUGGCAAGCUCUCUUAUGUUGGUGGCGCCAGUCUGAGUCCACAGGUUUGGAACAGAUCUGUCCAGAAACCUGAUUUCUCUGUUUGAUCUUGUCAUUAGAGGCUACAUCUACAGCAGCCCCAGUAGGGUUUUCUAACUUGUAUUGAUCAAUUGAUCGCUGUAUUUGUUCCUUGGAAAGAUAAACAGACCGAUAUGAUACAGCCUUUUCACUGGUGGGUCUUACUUUUGGGGGUCACCUUUUUUCAUGGAUCUCUGGCAAGACCUCCAGAUGAGCAUGACUACUAUCACCAAGAAAUCUUGACCAGGGAUCAUUAUUACUCCUAUCCGGACCCUGAGGAGCUCCAGAUACCCCUGGAGCCAGGGCCAGAACCUGAGAUGCCCACAGAGCCCAGAGUAGAAGAGACUUCCCAAGUCCCCAAGAAGGAUAUCAAACCCAAAAAGGCAAAUAAGAAGGAAGACAGGAGUCACCCUAAGACACAAGCCAAGAACGGUAGCAAAAAGACAGAAAAAAACAAGAAGAGCUCAGAGAAGUUUGGUUUUGGAGCCAGUGAAGAGAAGUCAUUCCAAGAUGUCAGAGAAAGCUGCCCCCCUCUUGGACUGGAGACUUUAAAAGUUACAGACUUCCAACUGCAUGCCUCUACUGUGAAACGCUAUGGUCUGGGGGCCCACAGAGGAAGACUAAAUAUUCAGGCAGGGGUGAAUGAAAAUGACCUUUAUGAUGGAGCAUGGUGUGCUGGAAGAACCGAUAUGCAACAAUGGUUAGAAGUUGAUGCCCGAAGACUGACCAAAUUCACAGGAAUUGUCACGCAAGGCAGAAACUCACUUUGGUUGAGUGACUGGGUAACGUCCUAUAGAGUGAUGGUCAGUAAUGACAGCCACAGCUGGGUCAUUGCAAAGAAUGGAACCGGAGAAGCGAUUUUUCAGGGGAACAGUGAGAAGGAGAUUCCUGUUCUGAAUGAAUUUUUGGAGCCUCUGGUUGGCCGCUAUAUUCGGAUCAAUCCGCGGUCUUGGUACGAAGAGGGCAGCAUCUGUAUGAGGCUUGAGGUACUUGGCUGUCCAUUACCAGACCCAAAUAAUUAUUAUCACAGACGCAAUGAAUUGACCACAUCUGACAACCUGGAUUUUAGACAUCACAGCUACAAGGAGAUGAGACAGCUGAUGAAGGUGGUGAAUGAGAUGUGUCCCAACAUCACACGCGUGUAUAACAUUGGGCGGAGCCACCAGGGGCUGAAGCUAUACGUGAUGGAGAUGUCCGAUAACCCUGGGGAGCACGAAGUUGGGGAGCCAGAAUUCCGUUACAUGGCUGGAGCACAUGGUAAUGAAGUUUUAGGAAGAGAACUCAUACUGUUAUUGAUGCAGUUCCUUUGCCAAGAGUAUCAGGCCGGGAACAAAAGAAUUCAUCGUCUAAUCCACAAUACACGUCUCCACUUUCUUCCAAGUGUUAACCCUGAUGGCUAUGAAAAGGCUGCUGAGCUGGGCUCGGAAUUAGGAGGCUGGUCACUAGGACGGUGGACAUCUGAUGGCAUUGACAUCAACAACAACUUUCCAGACCUCAAUACAUUGCUUUGGGAGGCUGAAGAUCGCUUCCGAAAUAUCCGCAAGGUCAUCAAUAGCCACAUCCCAAUCCCAGACUGGUAUCAGUACCAUAAUGCCACGGUUUCUAUAGAAACACGAUCUCUCAUCACAUGGAUGGAAAAGAUUCCCUUUGUUUUGGGGGGAAACUUGCAAGGAGGGGAGUUGGUAGUGUCAUACCCUUAUGAUAUGGUGCGUUCCCCAUGGAAGACCCAAGAAUACACAGCGACACCUGAUGACCAUGUUUUCCGCUGGUUGGCAUAUUCCUAUGCCUCUACGCAUCGGCAUAUGACAGACUCUAGCCGCAGGCCUUGCCACUCUGAGGACUUCAACAAGGAGGAAGGGAUUGUAAAUGGAGCCUCCUGGCACACAGUGGCUGGAAGUAUUAAUGACUUCAGUUACCUACACACCAAUUGCUUUGAGAUCUCAAUAUACUUGGAUUGUGAUAAAUUUCCCCAUGAGAGUGAGCUGCCUGAGCAGUGGGAAAACAACAGGGAAUCCUUAAUUGUUUUUAUGGAGCAGGUUCAUCGUGGGAUUAAGGGGAUUGUCAGAGAUAUGCAUGGACGAGGUAUUGCAAAUGCCAUUAUAUCUGUAGAAGGAAUUAAUCACGACAUACGCACAGCAAAUGAUGGAGACUAUUGGAGGCUGCUCAAUCCAGGAGAAUAUGCAGUGACCGCUCGGGCUGAGGGCUUCACACCUUCCACAAAGAACUGUGAGGUGGGAUAUGAAAUAGGGGCCACCCGCUGCGACUUUACCCUCACCAAGUCAAACCUGGCUCGGAUCAAGGAGAUUAUGGAAAAGUUUGGCAAACAACCUGUUAGCAUGUCCCUACGCCGCAGGAGAGUGCGUAUCAGGCCCAGUCGCAAAGCCUAGGCCGCGUUGCGGCUUUUGUGCAAAGGAGGUUGAAAAAUCGGAGAGGAGUUUAUUUCUGUCAAUGCAGCUCUUUAUUCACAGACAUUUUAGGGUUAUGUACAAAAGUUUGAAAUGAUGUCACCAAAGCAAGGUUUUGAUUAUGCAAUCCCAUUGGUUGCUAUGGCAAACUGUGCACCAAAACCCCAUUUUUAUUCAUAACCCCCUGCUGUGUUAUUAAAUCUUUAGUAUGCACCUUAUAUAAAACUUGUUUUUCUCAAAAUGUAGAACCAUCUAAUACUAUGUGCAGUGUGUGACUCUUUUAGAAACGUAUAAUAAAAAGACGUAGUCACCUUUUA